GGCGCCGAGGGCGGAGAUGGGGGUCCAAGAGGGCUGAGAGUGGGGAUCCGGGGAAGCUCAGAUGGGAGUCCGAGGAAGCUAAAAUUGUGGGGUUCUAGAAGACAGAGUCGGGGGAACCAAGGGGUUCAGGGAGGGAAGGUGUGAGAGGGGUCAGGCUCAGGGUCAAAGGUCCAAGGGGGCUGCAGGAAAGGGGCGCUCGGGAAGAGAAGUCUGAGGGGAGUCUAGAGUGGGGAGGAUACAAGGAGACUGAAAAUGGAUGUGUCUGAGGAAGCUUAGAUUGGGGGCACAAGCGUGCUCAGAAUGGGGCGUCUGAAAAGGCUUGAGGCGGGAGGAGGGUCUAUGAGGACCUCGAAUAUUGUUAGAGAGCCGGGCUCGGGAUUGCAGGUCUGAAGUUUUUAGGAUGAGGUCUCAAAUCAAGGUGUUUAAAGGGGGUCUGGGGUGCAGCCCUGGGGGAUGUGUGUGGAGCUCUUAAGAAGGGCUCCCAGUGGAGUCUGAGGUUGUUCUCUGUAGAGGCUUGAGAGGGCAGACAUGCGUAGUUUGAUGGGUAUUUGGUGGAUGGAGUCUGAGGGGAGUACUGUGGGUGCUCAUUGUGUCUGGGCAGGGAGCCUAGGGGUGCAUUGUGUGGCUUUUGAGAUACUGAGGACAUCUAGGUUUUCGAAACCAAGAAUGACCGGGUACACGGACUUGAUGUCAAUGGAGGAUCAGGACGCCAGGGUUCCAGCUCUGGAACCAUUCAGGGUGGAGCAGGCACCACCUGUAAUCUACUAUGUCCCUGACUUCAUCUCCAAGGAAGAGGAGGAGUAUUUGCUUCGACAGGUCUUCAAUGCCCCAAAACCAAAGUGGACCCAGCUCACCGGGAGGAAGUUACAGAACUGGGCACCCCAUUUCCCUCCCCCAGGUGGGCUCCCCCAUCCCCGGGGGAUGGUUCCUGAGCGGCUGCCACCGUGGCUCCAGCGUUACGUGGACAAAGUGUCUGACCUCAGCCUUUUUGGGGGUCUCCCAGCCAACCACGUCCUUGUGAACCAGUAUCUGCCUGGGGAGGGCAUCAUGCCCCGGCCCCCGCCCCGGCCGGCCACCUCGCUGUUGCUUGAACCGCGCAGCCUGCUGGUGCUCCGUGGCACCGCCUACACGCGCCUCCUCCACGGCAUCGCAGCCGCCAGCGUAGACGCGCUCGACGCCGCCUCCCUGCCGCGCAACGCAGCCGCCUGCCCCUCGGCGCAGGCUGGAGCCCGCCUGAUCCGCGGCACCCGCGUCUCGCUGACCAUCCGCCGCGUACCCCGCGUGCUGCGCGCUGGCCUCCUGCUCAGCAAGUGACGCCAGGACCCAGCACCCGCUCGGAUGCCCGAGCUCUCGCCUGCUGUGGACUGCUGGCGCCCUGUGGGCAGAGGCGGUUCCCCCCGGGUUAUUUUCCCAGUACCUGUGAGGGAACCACAGGAAAAGGCCCCAUUCCAAAUAAACCACCAACAAAACAA